CGGCGAUUGGCCGGGCGCGGCGGCGCGCGGUGACGCGCGCGGCGGCGGUGCGGGUCCCGAUUGCUGCAGCCGCUUGUCAGUGUGACGAAGAUUGGCACCCGAGGUUUCUGUCUUCCACAUUGUACAUCAGUGGGAUCUCUGUGCUGGAACAAGAUAAUGUCUUCAACUCAUUGAAGGAAAGGGAAUAUUUGUUCACACUUAUGAUGAUUUGACACAAUUAAUGUCUUAAUAACCAUGAUGGCAACACAGACAUUAAGUAUAGACAACUAUCAAGAUGGACAACAGAUGCAAGUGGUAACAGAGUUAAAAACUGAACAAGAUCCCAACUGCUCUGAAACUGAUGCCGAAGGGGUGAGUCCUGCCCCCGUAGAAUCUCAGACUCCAAUGGAUGCAGACAAGCAGGCCAUUUACAGGCACCCACUAUUUCCCUUGUUAGCACUAUUAUUUGAAAAAUGUGAACAAUCUACUCAAGGCUCAGAAGGCACAACUUCUGCCAGUUUUGAUGUAGAUAUUGAAAACUUUGUAAGGAAGCAAGAGAAAGAAGGAAAACCUUUUUUCUGUGAAGAUCCAGAAACUGAUAAUUUGAUGGUAAAAGCAAUCCAAGUUCUGCGUAUCCAUCUGCUGGAGCUAGAAAAGGUUAAUGAACUCUGCAAGGAUUUCUGUAGUCGUUACAUUGCCUGCCUGAAGACAAAAAUGAAUAGUGAAACUCUAUUAAGUGGAGAGCCUGGAAGUCCUUAUUCACCUGUGCAAUCUCAGCAAAUUCCAAGUGCCAUUGCAGGCACACUCAGUCCCCAAGGGAUCAUGGUGCCAGCAUCAGCAUUGCAGCAGGGAAAUGUAACUAUGGCAACAGUAGCAGGGGGGACAGUGUAUCAGCCAGUCACUGUGGUCACUCCACAAGGACAAGUGGUGACACAGGCACUGUCACCUGGAACUAUUCGGAUCCAGAACUCUCAGCUCCAGUUGCAAUUAAACCAAGAUCUAGGCAUCUUGCAUCAAGAUGAUGGCUCAUCAAAAAAUAAGAGAGGAGUUCUUCCCAAGCACGCUACAAAUGUGAUGAGAUCUUGGCUUUUUCAGCACAUAGGGCAUCCAUAUCCAACAGAGGAUGAGAAGAAGCAGAUUGCAGCACAAACAAAUCUGACACUACUCCAGGUUAACAACUGGUUUAUCAAUGCUAGAAGGCGAAUUCUUCAGCCAAUGCUGGAUUCCAGUUGUUCUGAAACUCCAAAAACAAAGAAGAAAACAGCCCAGAACCGACCGGUCCAGAGGUUCUGGCCUGACUCCAUUGCCUCAGGAGUUGCUCAGCAGCAAUCGAACGAGCUCACGAUGUCAGAUGGUGCUGUCGUGACCAUCACAGCUCCAGUCAACAUGAAUGUAGACAGUCUGCAGUCCUUGUCCUCCGAUGGUGCUACCCUGGCUGUGCAGCAGGUGAUGAUGGCAGGGCAGAGCGAGGAUGAGUCUGUGGACAGCGGUGAAGAUGAUGGAGGAGACCUCUCAACAGCAAAUAUCAGUGGGCUGGUCUUGGAUAACAGUGAUUCUCUGCAGUAGGAAGCAAGAGAGCGUGGAGAAAAACACUUAGGAAAAAGAAUGGACUGACUGACUGACUUUUUAUAGUUUGCACAGCAAACAUUUUACACAAGUUUUAUUUCUAAUAUGUUUUAUAUGUAGAUAUAGAAGGGUGCACUUUUUUGUAUUUCAUAGUAAGCUUAAAGAGUGUUUUUGCAGGUGCAGCAACUUCUUUCAAAUGUGUUUUCUUUUUUUUUCCAUUUCUUUUCCUUAUUUCAGAAAAUUAUAUCUAGUAAUAUAAAGAACCACGUAAGUACCCCUUUGUUCUCUGAAUUGGAAGUGCUGCAGUUUCUGAUGAAUUAUGCAGUUUCAAUUAGUGCUGUUAUUUAACACAGCUUUUGAUGGGCAGGUGAUGUAAAUUUAAAGCAUGUGACACUAGUGUGUGAAACUUGAUUAUUGAGUUAGAUGCAUAUAUUUGAAAGAUGCUUCUGCACCUUAAAAACUGCUAGUCUGAGGUGGACAGCAACACACAUAAAAAGAAAAUGUUGAUGUGUGAUUCAGUAGAGAAUGUAUGGCAAUUUAAAUAAGUUUAGUUUCUCUCAUAGUCCGUGAGCCUGUUUAUCAUUUGCUAUAAAAACUCCUAUUUUUACCUUGCUGGGGUUAUUGGAUAAAAAAAAAUAUUUUUAUAAAUUCAGUAGAAAUUGGGAUGACAACUGUAUUAAGCAGGAGGAAAAAAAGAAAAAAAGAAAAAAAAAAGAAUUUCCAGAGGGGAAAAAUAAAUGUUUAGUAUUCCUAUUUGGAAGGUCUGAAAAUUGACCCAAUUUAAUAAACAAGCCUACAGUAGCAUUCUAUGAUUCUCAGCUAUCCCACAAUGAUAUACUAUAUUUGAUAAUAGCAUAAGAAGGGCCCACCGUUUGAUGGGAUUUUGAUAUUGUCAAACAUUGAUUUAUAUUAUGUGUAAACUGAUAUUCAAAUUGCAUAACUCUGUAUCUAGAAUUGUAUCUGAAAAUAUUUGCUAAAUGAGUAUUCAGGUAAGUAAGUUCAAAUACCCACAACUUUUCCAAUUAUUAGAGAAAUUUAACAGUUUAUAGUUUGUACAACUGAAUCUAAAAAAAUGAAAAGUUGCCUACUAUACAGUCAUGAAUUCUGCUAUUUUAUUGCAUUUGAAAUAUUUUCCCCUAAUACAAAAAGAAAAAUAUAACAUGGAUUUAUAUAAAAUGUCUUCAGAUCUGAAAUUCACUACCAGAAUAUACAGCAGGCUUUGUUAGAGUAGGAAAUCCUUGUGUGUCAUUUGAAAAAUGAAGAGCUGGUAUGCAAACAGCUGGGUUUUGGUUUGGUUUUGUUUUGAAAUUUUUUAUUUUUAUUUUUAUUUUUUUUGUUGUGGUAACAGUUAAUUUCUUUUAUUUUCCCAAAGUUUGAAGUCUGUGAUUGUCUAUCCAUGAACACUUGCUUUUGGAACUUUGUAUUUCCUGUUGUUGAGUACAAAUAAGAGACUCAAGAGCCUCAUGAUAUGAUCAACACCA